AUGGCGAAGCUCGUUGACCUUUUCAAGGUUGCCCAUAGCCCAUCUGUCCUUGCUUUCCUUGGCCUUUUUACACAUCUAAUUCUGCACCGAGAUGAAUGGGACAACAACAUCGUCACGUUCCUUUGGAUAUGGUUACUUGGCUUCAGUGGUAUUGCCACUGUUGAGUAUAUCCAGGACCCUCGAGCCAACACAAUUGGGGCUGUUGUCAAAGUCACAGCUACAGCAGCCGGAAUAUAUUUCACUACUCUGUCAGUGAGCGUGUUGGCUCAUCGGGUGCUAUUUCACCGGCUGCGCACUUUCCCUGGUCCAUUCAUUGCACGCUUCUCAAAGCUUCAUGCAAUUUUCGCUGGCGUCCUUCCCAGCUAUCAGUACUACAAGUACAGCGAGACACUGCACAAGAAGUACCAGACUGAUGUCAUCCGAACCGGGCCCCGAGAGCUUGCCGUGUACUGCGCCGAUGCCGUUCCACUCAUUCACGGCCCUACGUCGAGGUGCCGGAAAGGUACCUGGUACGACAGUGCGAGCCACAUCAGUCACGAAUCAACACACGCGACGCGCGAUAAGCUGGAGCACAAGCAGCGGCGCAAGGCUUGGGAGCACGCCUUGAGUGCCAAAGCACUGCGCGAAUACGAACCGAGAGUAAACAGACAUGCUCUAGCGCUUAUGGCUAGAUUGAAGGAGGAAGCUAAGACUCCUUCGGUGCGCAUCACCAAUUGGGUCAACUUCUACAGUUUCGAUGUUAUGGGCGAUAUCGGCUUUAGUCGCAGUUUUGGCAUGGUGGAGAAGGGCGAAGAAGAUGCCAUGAUCACACUCUUACACGCCAGCAUGGAGCCAAUGUCUGUUUUCGGACACCUGCCGUGGGCUUUGAACUUGAUUACUCGUACGGCUGUUGGUGCAAAGCCUUUAAUCGAGCAUAUAAACUGGACAGCAAAGGUCUUGCAAGAGAGGAAAGCGAUGACACCGAAAGAAAACGACAUCUUUAGCAGGCUGAUUGACCCAGAAAGCCUAGAUGUCACUCCAGAGUUGAACGCCGAGUCUCGUCUACUCGUCAUUGCCGGAAGUGGUACCACGGCCAUCACUCUUUCGUUCAUCGCCUACGAACUUUGCAAGAACCCACAGGUCCAAGCCAAACUUCGCAAAAAGCUUGACGCUGCUCCGAAGGGAACGGCACACCUCGAUGUCGAGGACGUACAGAACACACCCUACCUUGAUGGCGUCAUCAACGAAGCUAUGCGUCUGCACCCUGUGGUCCCCUCCGGCUUUCAGCGCGAAACUCCACCCGAAGGCAUCACCCUCCCCAACGGGACCUACAUACCCGGCAACAUCCACAUAUGGAUGCCAAUGCACUGUCUCCAACGCGACCCACGCUACUUUGCCGAGCCCCUGACCUUCCUCCCGGAGCGCUGGACGGACGAACAACCGGACGCGGUGAUAGACAAGCGCGCAUUCCUGCCCUUCAGCACGGGCGUCUACAACUGCGUGGGCCAGAAGCUUGCGCUGAUGGAGCUGAGGAGCGUCACAGCGAAUUUGGUCCGGGAGUUUGAGUUUGGGUUUGCGGAAGGCGAGGACGGGAGUGCGGUGGAGAAGAACGGCCGGGACUGCUUCACGCACAACACUGGGAAGUUGGAUGUCAAACUCACACCCAGGUAUGUAUAA